GUUUUUACACCAUAAUAUUAUCUCGUUUGUAACUUCGCUGUUUUCGAACGAUUGAUUAACUUGUCUGAGUUCGUCGACGUAUAUUAACCACGCACGCAAAAUGAAUGUCCAGAUUUGAAAUUUAAAAACAGGAAAUCGGAAGAUGGCGGCAAAGGGUAGACUGUGCUAUGAGUUGCUGUUAUUGAUGUUUGUAGUUCAGGUUUGCCAGACAGCACCUGCUACAAAUGCACAUAGGCGACGGCGGCGUUUCACAGCGAUGCUAAGGGAUGGAUUUUGCGGUAAGCCACCAGCGUCAUCAAAGGUUGGAGUCGACUGUGAGCUAGAGGCGUUACUACAGUCACAGUGUCUCUUUGAUACAGACUGCGAAGGAGUACAGAAGUGUUGCCCACACGUAGAUUGUAUUGAUAUGUACAUCUGUGCUGAACCGUUAACACCCUAUGACCUUGGGUUCCCGUUUUUUCGCCCUGGACGUUGCUAUAACAUGGACGAGUUGACGAAGAAGCUUAAAGGAAAAUGCACCAAAGAAGCGUCAUGUAAGCAUGACCUGGAUUGCCCCUCACCAGAGGAAAAAUGUUGCUUCGUUGACCUAAGCUGUGGAUUCAGAAGACAAUGCUUUCGAAGCAUACCAAAUUGUAACGUUCGGGGCAUGACGUAUGGUGUUGGACAAGUGUACUACAGAGAUAACGGAUGCAUUACGUGCACGUGUGCCCUUUCAAAAAUUGGCCCUGCAAUGGAAUGUGUCGAAGAGUUUUGUAUCAAUGGUGUCCCAAUAGACACAUACAUGCACCUUAUUUUUGGUCCAGAUGAAUACUUCAAUCGCAUCUCACAUGAAGAGGGAAUGGUCGUCGUUGCUGGUGUUGCCGGAAUGAAUAUCGGUAUCGAGCAAGAGCAUCAACAACGAUAGUCACUACAAGCAGUGUAGUGUUCCCAACGGUUAAACAGUGCCUCAUGCCUUAAAGCAUUAUCUUUUUGCCAUACAUAUUAUGGACAGGCGGGGCUUUUUUGAGGGUCACUAAUGUGUACAAACAUAUGAAAAUACUUCAUCAUCAAAACGUUAAUUACGCCGAAGUGAGCCGGGCUUUUCAAUUCCCAGAGGGCCCGAUGACCGUUAUAUCCUUAUCAUAAAUAUAUUUUGUUAUGUAAUUUUUUUCCUUCAUUUGUUAACGGAAAAAUAAUUACCAAGAACAGUAGGCCCCUUAAUAGAAUUAGCCCGGGCUUCGGACCACUUUGUUAGGCUAAUAUAACUACACAAACUUCAACUUUAUUAUACUUAUGACCGUUAGGUUAUUAUUAUCAUUGCAUAUUGUUACGUUAUUUAUUUUUUCUUGAUUUGCAGAUGAAAGAAAUUACCGAGAACAGUAACAGAAUAUUCAUAUUAUUUUUAUCUAUCCUGUAUACCCUUCUUGUGUUUUAAAACUUAAGCCCAUUUAUAUAUUGUAUAUAGAAUCUAUUUAAUCAGCUGUACUAAAUAUUAAUAUUAAAAUUCUGUGUAAUAUUAAAGUUAAUUUCAACGAUAUAUUAUCAAUGAAACUUAGUACUGUAUUGCUUAAAUACUGACGUUAUUUUAAAAUUAAUGUUAACAGAGUAACGUUAAUACAGUAUUUGCAUUUACAUUUUCUUUAAUUUACCUAUAACGUAAAUAUUAUUUAUCUUAGUGUUA